UCCACAAAUAAAACCUUCAAUCAAUCCAUAGGUCUCCCUCCCUACGCUGAGGUCACGAUUUCCUCGGGUUCUUUCCCUUCUUAUCUUUCGGGCAUGAUAUCAAACAACAACAUUCAGCUUCACUCUUCUCCUUCAUUAUUAUUAUUAUUAUUAUUAUUAUUUGCCUUCUUUUAACUCCUUUCACUCUUGUCUGCCCCUUUACUUUAUAUAAAGCUUUCCUAAGUGAUGAAAUUUUUCCACCCUUUCCAAAACUUUUCAUCUGCCCUUUUCCUUGAAGAUUUUCCUUGCUAAGUUCCUUUAGAAUCUAUUCCCUGUUUUUUUUUUCCCCGUUCAAAAAUAAUCCUUUUCCAGCUCUUCCCUUUUCUUUUAUUCGCUUGCCAUUAGUUGCCACCCUAUUUAUAUAUAGAUAGUAUCAAGACUCCGGAGUUGGUUAUAUUGUCAAAUGGGAUUCACUGAAAUGGACGAGUAUGCUAUAGAUGCGGAAGCCAACAAGUGGAUAAUGGCUGGGAUUGCUCUAAGGAGUCCACUGAAGCCGAUUUUCACGAAGAAAGAAUAUGGUGGUGAUGAUCAAGAAGAAGAGUGUUGCACCACCCCAACUUCUCAAGAAUCAAGAAUUCCAGCUAGAUUAGCUUGUCCGCCAGCCCCCAAGAAGAGAAAAGCUACAGCAAGAUCAUGUAACUUCAACAAUGGAGUCAGGGAGUUCUUUAAUCCACCAGACUUAGAAACCAUUUUCAUCAGGCGAGCUGAGAAGGCUUAAAAAGCCGAAAUGCCUAAUCUAAUAAUCCAGGUGUUCUUGUUUAGUGCAGUAACCCAUUUUUUUUCUUUCCCAAUUGGAUUUCUUUUUGUUUGCCUUCGUGUAGGUCUCAUCUCACAAGCUUGAGAAGCCGAAGAGUCUGCAAUCUGAUUUCUACAUGUACAUGGCUCCGCUCAAUAUGUAUAACAAGACGAAGUCAUGAAAUUUGACUUAGCUUCUUUGAUUCCAUUUUGAGCUUAAGUACAUAAUUUAUGCUAAAGUCCUUGUAGCUUGCUA